AUGAGUGAACGAAGAAAUGAGAUUUCCAGGCAUCAGCGGAUUGAGAGUUUUCGUGGUGAAGGGCCUAACUGGCUCUUAAUUGCAGGGGGUGCCUUGUUGAGCACUUUGUCCAUUCGCCUUGGGUACAAACUAAAGCAGUCAAUUGACUCGAAACCUCAUUCAAAUGGCACUGGUGGAAUUAAACCCAAUGGAACAUCUGACAGAGGAAGAUCUCUUGGAUGCUGCUUGCACUCUAAUGCGUCUUCCUAUACAAGGAAUAAUGAUUGUUGCUUCCACUGCACUCCCGGAACUGGGAAUGUGGAGGGAAAUCAUUAUACAAACGAGCAAAUGACGGAUCCCAGUACUUCACUGCCUCUUGUGACGGUUACUGCUCCAUCAUAUAGCAAAGAGAAUGGAGUCAUGUGGACAUCUUCUCCUGAUCAUCUGGAAGUGCCCAUGAAACCAUACAAUCACCAUUCAACCUGCUCAGAUUCUCCAUGUGUAUCUGAAUCCGGAUCAGACAUCUUCAGCAAGCGAGAAGUAAUACAGAAACUGAGGCAACAGCUAAAGAGACGCGAUGACAUGAUACUUGAAAUGCAGGAACAGAUUCAAGAGUUGCGAAACUCGCUUGGCGGGCAGAUGGCACACUCUAGCCAUCUCCAAACACAGCUAGACACAACAAACAGGGAUCUGUUUGAAUCAGAAAGAGAAGUGCAGAGAUUAAGAAAGGCAAUCGCUGAUCACUGCAUGGGACACGGAGGUAGCAACGGUUGGAGCGGCGGUGGUGAUGUGAACGGGUUUAUGGACAGCGAAAGCAACUAUGAGACAACCGAAAAAGGAUUAAGGGAUGGAGAAAGAAUAGAGAUGUUGAGAAAGGAAGUGGGUGAGCUUAAAGAGGUGAUAGAUGGGAAAGAGUAUCUGAUUAGGAGCUAUAAAGAGCAAAAAACAGAGCUUUCGCAGAAGAUCAAAGAGUUGCAGCAGAGAUUGGAUUCACAGCUCCCAAACAUUUUGUAG